AUUUUCCAAAAAAAAAAAAACAUGGCUUGGCUAUGACAUUUUGAUAGACAUAGAGAUAGAUACUAAAGGUGAAGGUGGGUGUGAGAAUUGAGAAGGAUGGCGAAAAUGGUAUGGUCAAGCUCAACAUCAACAUCGGAAUUAUGUAGAAGAGGAGGCAUACGCAUACGCAUGCCUAUUCCUGUUUCUCUCUCCUCAAACUCAAAUGGCGGCUCUCUGCUCUCCUUUGUUCCUAUUCACCAAUUCCGAGGACAACGGCCCAUUUCAUAUUCAGCCAUUUCAUAUUCAGUGAAAACGCGAGCAUCAAAAAGAGAAAGAGAGAUUGAGAAGAAACAGGAAGCAGAAGAAGAAGAAAUAGAAGAAGUUGAAGAAGAGGUUCCAUGGAUACAAGAAAAGGCUUUGGAUUUAGUGGAGUUUACUGGUUCUGUUACUCAGGCUAUUCCUGGCCCUAGAGUCGCCCAUACAUCUUUUCCUUGGUUUCUUGUUCUUCCUGUUGCUUUUAUUGGCUUCACUUUUGUAACUAGCUUUGUCAAAACCCUCAAAAAGUUAUCUUCUCCAAGAGAACAGCGUCGUAAGAUGGUUAACAAAAAUGCGAUGCUAAUCAAGUCAAUUGAUCAACUCUUUGAACAAGGCAGAGAUGCUCUUCAGCCUUCUGCUUUGGACGAUAUCGUCAACAAGACAGGUUUUGGCAUGGACGAUAUUCUGCGCAAGUACAUCCGUUACGCAUUCAAUGAUAAACCAUUCAAUGGAGACACAGUUGCAGACUUAAUUCAACUAAGGAAAGCCUCAAUGUUGACUCAUUCUCAAGUUGCUCAAACUUUAAAUGAAAUUUCAAGACGAAUUGUCAAGGACAAAGGUCCUGUUGUCAUGGAUGCUUCGGGUUAUACUGAAAGGGGUUUCAAGAGAAAGCUUGCAGUUCAGGCUCUCUUUGGGAAGGUUUUCUAUUUGUCUGAGCUGCCAGAGUUCUGUUCAAGAGACAGCUCUUUAAUUGUGAAGGAAAUUUUUGGGGUUACAGAUGAAGACGCAGAAAUGCUACGGAUACACACUCUUUCUAACUCUGGAGACAUAGAAACGCUUGAGAAGAUGAUUGAAGAUAGAUCUGAUUCAGAUGAUAAUAGUGAAAGCUGAGCAUAAUAAUUUAAUAUAAUCUAAGUGCAUAUUGCUAUGCUGUAAGAGCUUUUCAGUUCCUUAUGAUGGCUCUCUAAAAGUUGAAUCGUUCUAGAAGUCUUGUGCGUAAGAUUUAGGAAGAGACCUCUUUUCUCGAACGGAUCUCCGGCCAAGUUACACUUUUUUUAUAAACCAAAUUAUAGAUUCUUCUAAGUUCAGACCAAUAACUCAAAUUUUGAUGUACCAUGAGAAGUCAUGGACUUGAAUACAGUAUUGAUUGCCUCGAA